AUGGAUCGAUCUUCAAGUAAUUGGAUCCACGAAUCCUACAAGACAGGCGAACAUGCGAAUUCGAGAGGCGACCGUCGCGACCGCAACACAAGCAAGCACAUCCCAUCGCCAACAGCAACACGAGCACAUCCAAUACCCACUCAAAAUCAACCUGCCUAUGCUGGAGGCAUGGCGGCCAGCAGUCUUCCGACACAAGCAUCCAUUAAUCUAGCGCAACAGCAACAGAGGCGUGUGGAUAAGAAGAAGAUUACGUGUUGGUACUGGAUGUAUGAUCGUUGUAAGUUUGGCAACAGCUGCGUGCAUGCGCAUAGCUUGCCGCAACAGCAGCCAUUGGCAAGUCCAAUAGGAGGGAUGCAGGAACAUCAUCGAGGGCCAAUGCAGCAAGGUCAAUCCAUAUUGCAGCACCAGCAUGAACAUCCGCAGCAGCAGCACCAGCAUGUGCAGCUGCAACAACGGCAGGUUCAGCAUGCACAUCCUUGGAAAAGGCCGCCGUAUCCCGUGGACGAGGCAGCGUACACAGUCAGCGAGCAGAUACAGUCGCCACCGUGGCAACACAUCAGACCAGUUUCAGCGCCUAGUCCCUGGGCAACACAUACUGAUGACAGGAGCUUCAAUAGUAAGCCUUUCAUGUCUGAUACGGGUCACUCGCAUGCAUACGCCAGCAGCGAAAGGGAUAUUCGCGGUUCCGCAAUGAGGGAGUAUAAUGUACCUGUCACAAGGUACAACCUCGAGCAACAAGAACCACUUGCAGACAAGACGCAACUCGACGAGUCGUUCGCCUGGCCACGACCCCCUCCCGGACGAGCACCGGCUGACGAAGUAUACACAUCAGACGACAAGGGCAUGCUUGACUUCCUCGACAAGGAUUUGCGAGCUCUCACGUAUCAAUGA